AUGGAGCAACUGCAAGACCAAAUCCGCCAUUUACACGCCUUAAGUGUGGCACAUGGGCGGGAUCAGCAGGCUGCGUUGCAUGCACUGGACGUGGAGCAAAACGCAGUGGACGAGGCGCUGGCGCGCAUCGAGAUGGACGCACUGCCGGUGCCGGCCCAAGGCGAGGGCAUGCUUUUGCGCAGCGAGGCACAUGUGCGGUACAGCCUGUCGAAUGUAUGUGCUUCGCUUUCCACUAUACCACUACUUGCCGUGCACGCCAUGGAGCGUAGACGCACACGUGCAUUGCUUUCUGCGCCGCACUGGAGUGCCCAGGACGUGGAAAACCUGCGCAUUGCCGUCGAGUGCGAGCGGACACGCGCCGAAACGCUGCGCCAAUCGCCGGCACUUGAUUGGGAUGCCGUUUCCACGCACGUACCGCACCACACCGCAAGCGACUGCCGCACGCGAUGGACAUUUCACGAGCAGCCCAGCCUGAACCACGCACGUUGGAGCGGCACGGAGAAAAAAGCGUUGUUGGCGCACGCAGCGCCGGAGGACCCUGGCUUUUCCUGGGUGGGUGCCGCAUCGGUGCUCCAUACGGGACGCACAGGCUACAGCGCGCUGGAAACGUACCAGCGUAAUACAAAGCCGACCGUGGCAUGGUCGCCAUCGUUGGACGAUGCACUGCUUGCCACUGCGAAACAAGUCGGUCCCGAUUGGCGUAACGUCGCGCGAAGCAUGGGCUUUCCCGUUUCGUAUGCCUCCGUGUGCCACCAGCGGCACAGCAAGCUCAAAGCGUCUGGACUCGUGUUGGGCCGCUGGGGCUCCACGGAAGACGCAGCGCUGCGCGCCGCUGUUGCUGCGCACGGCACGGAUUGGAAGCGUGUGGAGAUCGAGGUGCCUGGACGGAGCGGGCAGCAAUGCAGAGAGCGGUGGGUGGGCCGCCUGGCAAACAUUCCCGAAGGCGAAACGCAAGCGACGCGGCGUGCUUGGCUGCCGGAAGAAGAUGCGCGGCUGCGCGCUUGUGUACAUAGGUGCAAAACGUGGGUCGAAGUGGCCCGGUACGUCGGGAAGCGGUCGGACAAGAUGGUGCGCUACAAAGCCACUGACAUUAGGUACGCGAGCGAUGGCUGCUAUUGA